CCUCCUGCUCGCACCACAGAAACAAGUGCUCCAUUCUAGCAUGAACCUUCAGUAAAAUCAGUGUUUCCGUAAUGCAGGGCAGCUUCUAGCGACACAGCAGAGAGCUCUCCAUCAGAAGCAGCUGUGAUCCUUUGUGAUGAAGAUGGGAUGACAGGAGGAGAUGAGACGGUGGAACACGGAGGGACCCAGACUGGUUUGUGUCUUCAGUAGAGACAUGGGGGAACUGUUGAGCGAUGACAUCGAUUUUUCACUUUCCUCUGGAGGGGCAAAGGAUGGAGAAAAAUAAAACCCGACGUGCUCAUCACUGCUGCGCGAACAGGAGGCGAUUUGUUGAAGCAUUAUAGUGGCGGAUGCCUCCAGGUCGUGAUGAUGGAAGUGAAAUCAGAUUGCUUUGGUUGUCGUGCGUUUAACAGGCUCGAUUAUGCGCCAGCCGCUGCAGUGACUGAAGCCUUUUUAUUUCACCUGCUCGACGCCAGUUCAUGCUGAAAUACGAUGACUGCAUUGAUGAGCUGUAGCUGGCACUGAGAAGACCCCGUGUUACUGUGUUUGUCUGCAGCACCACGGACAGCGACAAUGACGCGGCUCCGCAGGAAAGCUCUGGUGGCACUCUUCCUCUUCACGCUCUUCAUUUUCGGGGCCAUGAUGGGACUCAGGACGCUCAAGCCCAGCGAUGGCUUCUCGGAUCUGGCCCCUGGCAUGGACUUCAUCGGGGACAGAUCCGACAGAAGGCGGCUGGAUGUCAAAGACGUGGUGGUGUCGCCGGGCCAGUUCCACAUGGGCAGCAGUGACACCAAGGUGGUUUUCACAAAAUCGGACCGAGACUACAGCAUAUUUUAUGAUGUGCACAUCUUCUACUACCUGUGGUAUGGCUCUCCCAGCAUGGACAACAAGUACAUCCACUGGGAUCAUGUGCUGGUGCCACACUGGGACCCAAAGAUCGCAGCCAGUCAUGCCCAAGGAAGGCACACACCUCCGGAUGAUAUUGCCUCAAGUUUUUACCCUGAUCUGGGACCCUACAGCUCCAGGGACCCGACGGUGCUGGAGUCACACAUGGCCCAGAUAGAGGCGGCUGCAGCAGGGGUGCUGGUGUUGUCCUGGUAUCCUCCCGGGGUGGCGGACGACCAUGGGGAGCCCACCGAGGACCUGGUUCCUGCUGUCAUGGACGCCGCCCACAGGCACAGCAUCAAGGUGGCCUUUCACAUACAGCCAUACAAGGGACGGACGGACCAGAGCAUGCAUGACAACAUCAAAUACAUCAUUGACAAGUAUGGAAAGCAUGGCGCCUUCUACAGAUUCAGGUCCAGCACAGGGCAAGUCCUGCCUCUGUUUUAUGUCUAUGACUCCUACCUGAUACCACCAGAGUCCUGGGCGGAGCUUCUGACAACUAAAGGUUCCCACAGCAUCAGAGGCACGCCUUACGACGGCGUCUUCGUCGCCCUCAUUGUGGAAGAGCGCCACAAACAUGACAUCCUAGCUAGCGGCUUUGAUGGCAUAUACACCUACUUUGCCUCCAACGGCUUCUCCUUUGGCUCCUCCCACCAGAACUGGAAAGCCAUCAAGGCCUUCUGUGAUGCAAGCAACCUGCUGUUUAUUCCCAGUGUUGGGCCGGGGUAUGUGGACACAGCUGUGCGGCCAUGGAACAACCAUAACACCAGGAACAGGGUUAACGGACGUUACUACGACACAUCUUUGCAGGCGGCUUUGUCUGUCAGACCAGAAAUCGUCACCAUUACUUCUUUUAACCAAUGGCAUGAAGGCACGCAGAUAGAGAGGGCUGUACCUAAGAAAACAGUGACCCGUUUGUACCUUGACUACCAACCCAACAAGCCAGAGCACUACUUGGAGCUUACACGCCAGUGGGCUGAGAACUUUAACAAGGAGAAGGACAAGUGGCUGAUGUGAACGUGGCUUUGUUUCCCUGGUAGAUGCCCUGAGCAUGACCAGACAUCCCACUGUUAAAGACAAUCCCUUUAUGUUCAUCCACCUUCCUGUUUUUCUGAUGAGAUUUUCUCUAAAUGUUCGUUCGAUCCUUACUGUUUUUAAUCACUAACAUUUUUUUGUACAGGUUAAUAAUGUCACUGAUAUGUUGAAGCUACAAGAACACAAUGAUGGACAGAUCAUUUCCUGAUAACGGCUCUGUUUGGUGUCUGUUUGCGAUAUGAAGAAAGUGCGUCUAUGUACAGUAACUCUGCUCUGUAGGGUCCUUUUCUUAUUUUCUUAUGAUCAAAGGCUGUUCUUUCCUGUAUUUCUUUGGAGACAAAUUAAAACUUGUGUUUACUGUUGGUGAA